AUGGUUUUAGCAACUUUAGAUUAUAUAAUAGUUGAUAACAUCUGUAUUCCUAGAAUUCCUUACGUACGCAGGCUGCGUGCGCGCAUAUUUAUUGCUAUCUCGGCGACAGGACGCGCAAUCGUUGCGGCGCGGGCGGGCCGCGCUACCCCUCACUACGUCACCAAGCUUAAAAUCAUAGGCAGGAUGUGGCAGGUGGGAGUCGCUUGUCUGGCACUGCUGGUACUACCAGCUAUUGCUAAAGAUCUGGCAGACAUCAAAGAAGAAGAACUGCCUCAAGCUCAAGAACCUGAUCUUGUAAAUUACGAUGAUUAUAAUCCAUUUGGAGAAGAUGAAAAUGCAAUAAUUGCCGAAAGAGAUUUCACUGGAUCGACUACAGGUUACACAUUCUUUCCUCUCUUCAGUUUAAAAACGCCUAUUUGAAUUUUUGAUGUAAAGUUUUUGUAUGCCUGUAUAGUACCAUCGAGCCGUUGUUUGGAUAUGGGACGAUCAUUUGCUGAUGGGGAAACAUGGAAGAGGGAUAACUGCACGCUUUGCCAGUGCAACAAUAAUCGCGUCAAUUGCUCAGUAUUACCUUCGUGUCUUUUAUCACCAACAACAAGUCGUCCCCCUCCACCACCUCCAAGAGGCGUUGCUGCUCAACCAACUACACCAAUAAGGGGGGUUACAGGAGAACCAGGUGAAGAUGGCCCACCCGGCUCGCCAGGUGCACCAGGAGUUAACGGUGUUCCUGGAAGUCCUGGUAUACCUGGACCUGUAGGACCUAUGCCAGAUGUAAAUGCUUAUUUGGCUCAGUUAGCAGCAGCUGCAGGAGGAGAUAAAGGCCCUGUGUUUGAUCCCUAUAACUACAUGCAAGCUUCUGUAGGCUCUCCGGGAAUUAGAGGAAUACCAGGCCCGCAAGGUCCUCCAGGACCGCAAGGCUUCCAAGGUCCAAGGGGAGAACCAGGCGAACCAGGCCCUAUUGGACAACCUGGCCCUCCAGGGGAACGGGGACCUCAGGGAUUGCCAGGAAAAGAUGGUAAUCCUGGAGAAGAUGGAGAACCUGGUCCAGCGGGAGUGGCAGGACAACCAGGGCCACGUGGUCUUCCAGGAGUACAAGGACUACCUGGUCUUAAGGGACAUCGCGGGUUCGAUGGUAAAGAUGGCGCUAAGGGUGAACCAGGUUUACCUGGAGACAAAGGCCCAAGUGGAUUACCUGGACAAAUGGGACCACCAGGACCUAUUGGUCCCGUAGGUCCACGUGGUGAAAGAGGACGAGAAGGACCUCCUGGAACUCCAGGCAUGCGUGGAGUCGAUGGAGCUCCUGGACCCCCAGGACUUAUAGGUAAUACCGGAAAGCCUGGUUCUCCGGGUUUCCCUGGAUCACCUGGCUUGAAAGGCGAACAAGGAGUAAGUGGACCUAAAGGUAGUCAAGGGAUGCAAGGGCCCCGGGGAGAACCUGGGCGUCCUGGACAACCUGGAGAAGUUGGACCACCAGGAUUGGCAGGACGAGAUGGUAUACCUGGUGAGAAGGGCGUGCAAGGGCAAGCAGGUGCUGCAGGACCUCAGGGUUUUCCUGGACCAAGAGGUACUCCUGGUGUUGCUGGUGAUCCUGGAAUGCCGGGGGCUAAGGGAAUGCCGGGACAACCCGGUGAAAGGGGACUAAAAGGAGAAUCAGGUAUAAGAGGAGAAACUGGAUCUCCUGGCCCGAGAGGAUUGCCAGGAAGUAUUGGACCGGAAGGUAAACGCGGAAAAAGAGGCUUGCGAGGCCCAGCGGGAAAUGUAGGUCCCCAAGGAGAAAGAGGCAUACAAGGAUUAAGAGGAUUACCUGGUACUGACGGCCCUUCCGGUCCUAAAGGUCAAGCGGGUGAUAGAGGAGGCAUUGGCCUUCCAGGACCUAAAGGCAGUUCAGGUGAUGCUGGUAGACCUGGGCCACAGGGACUUCCUGGUGCAAGGGGUUUGAUUGGUAGGCCAGGAAUUGCUGGCAAGUCGGGGCCUCCAGGAGAAAGAGGUAUUCCUGGAGCUGAUGGCAGACCUGGUGAACAAGGACCACAAGGCUUACAAGGGCCGCCUGGAUUAAUAGGUAGCCCAGGCGAAAGAGGUUUGCAGGGCGAACCAGGAAAAGAUGGAGAAGUUGGCCAACCUGGAACUCCAGGUCCCAAAGGUGAUGCAGGUCGUGACGGUAGCCCCGGUACUCAAGGUCCACAAGGUUCUGUAGGUCCAGCAGGUGAACGAGGACAAACGGGCCCUCCAGGACCUACCGGUUUCCCAGGUCUGCCUGGUUCAGUUGGUUUACCAGGAUCUCCUGGUAAAGAUGGGGCUCCAGGUGUGGCUGGACCUGCUGGACCGCCGGGACCAAUUGGACCACGAGGUGAAAGAGGCUUUUAUGGCGAAAGAGGACUCCCUGGUCAACCUGGUGCGGCAGGAGAAAAGGGUGAAGCUGGUGCACAAGGACUUGAUGGUCUUCCGGGUCCAGAAGGACCAAGAGGAAAUAAAGGACAUCCAGGGCCAGUUGGUCCCAUGGGAAUGCAAGGACCACGUGGUUUAACUGGUCUCAGUGGUGAGAAGGGAGAAAGAGGUUCGUCUGGACCACAAGGCCCCGAAGGACCGCAAGGUCGUCAGGGUGAACAAGGACCUCAAGGGCCUGUUGGUCCGACAGGACCACCAGGGGAACCAGCAGAGAGAGGCGAACCUGGAACUCCUGGCAUACCAGGAGAACCAGGUGCACCAGGAUCAACUGGAGAACGUGGCCAACCUGGACCUCAGGGAACACCAGGUUUAUCUGGUCCACCAGGUUUGACUGGCAUGCCAGGCUUAAAAGGUGAUAGAGGCUACGCAGGUGCCAAAGGACAGCAAGGAGCUCCGGGUAAUCCAGGUAUACACGGAGAACCUGGUCAAAGAGGUUUACCUGGCCCAGUAGGAGCCAAGGGAGUUCGUGGCGAUCAGGGUCCUAAAGGCGACAUAGGACAUGCUGGGUUGCAAGGAAGGCCAGGAGAUUUAGGGCCACCUGGACCUCAAGGUAGCCCAGGUAUAGCUGGUGCUCCAGGUAUUCCAGGUAGCAAAGGCGCAACAGGUGACUCUGGCCGGCCCGGAGCUCCUGGUCCACAAGGCUUAACUGGACCACCAGGACCCGAGGGUGCAAAGGGUGAAAGAGGUAGUGAAGGAGAGAUUGGACCACAGGGCCCACCUGGCACCCCUGGUACACCUGGAGAGAGAGGCCCAAGUGGUUUACAAGGUUUAGUUGGAGCCCCUGGACCACAAGGUUUAAGGGGUAUACAGGGAGAAAGUGGUUCACCAGGAAAACCUGGUGCAGAUGGAGCGCCAGGGUCAACUGGUUUACCUGGACCUCAAGGUCUUCCGGGACCAAUGGGUGAAACAGGGCCUGAAGGCCGCCCAGGUAAACUUGGUCAGCCUGGAUUACCUGGCAGACCAGGUGAUAAGGGACCAAUUGGACAGCCAGGACCAUCCGGAGCAUCAGGCCCGCCAGGAUUACAGGGCCCUCCUGGUCCAUCCGGUCCGCCUGGAUCAACUGGCGAAAGAGGACCGAGGGGUGAAUCUGGACCACCAGGUGUUGAUGGACCUCAGGGCCCUGCUGGGAAACAAGGACUACCUGGUAUGGAUGGUCUUAAAGGUGAACGUGGAGAAGCUGGCGCAGACGGAGCUAAAGGUCAUGCGGGUAUACCUGGACUUCCGGGAAUGGUUGGGGCGCCGGGAAGAGCUGGUGAUAGAGGACUACCUGGACCAAUGGGACCUCCCGGAAAGGAUGGAGACACGGGACCCAGAGGUUCACCUGGUCGCGAUGGAAGCCCUGGUUUGCAAGGACCAAUCGGUCCCCCUGGUGGUCGCGGUCCACCUGGAGAACCUGGUCGUCACGGUACCCCUGGACCGGCAGGACCACCUGGACCACCUGGCCCACCUGGAGAAGGCCUGGCUUAUGAUGCCGCUGCAAUUGCUGCUAUGCUACAACAAGGUUCAUUUAAAGGCCCCGACCAAUUAGGCGAUGAUCCGAACGGUAUGCCACCACGCUUCUUCAAAGAUGACAUGACUCAAGAAGAAAGAAAGAAAAUUGUAAUGAAAGCAUACGAACGUCUAAAAGUAUCUCUAGACAAGUUCUUGAAACCAGACGGAUCGAAAGAAGCUCCUGGAAAGACUUGCGGUGAUAUUAAAUACCACCAUCCUGAAUCUGAAAGUGGCCAAUACUGGAUAGAUCCUAACGGCGGAGACAUCAACGACGCUAUUAUGGUUUAUUGUGAUAUGUCGACCAGCGCCAGCUGCGUAUACCCUAAGCCUAUGAUGUCGGAAGACGUAACGCAUACGGACAGAAAUGAAGCAUGGCUUAGUGAAAUUGAAAACGGAUUUACGAUUUCUUACAAAGCUGAUCACAGCCAGCUAACCUACCUCCAACUUCUAUCCGUUAAAGCAGUUCAGAAUGUGACGUUACAUUGCCGCAAUACUGUUGGGUAUUAUGAUCCAGUGACAAGAAAUUAUAAGCACGGAAUCAAGUUACUUGCCUUUAAUGACGCGGAAAUCCUGCCCAAAGCUAACAAUAGGCUACGGUACAAAGCUUUAUUGGAUGAGUGUCAGUAUAAGAAACCAGACUGGGCAAAGACGAUAGUUCAGUAUGAAACUGACAAGGCGGGCCGUCUACCGCUACUCGACGUGGCGGUACGGGACGUCGGCAGACACGACCAAACGUUCAGAAUCGAACUGGGGCUCGCCUGCUUUAUCUAGAAUCAAACUUAAAUAAUCCUAAUAAAUAUGUCAAUAUUUAGUAUGAAGUAUUGACAUUAUUUGUAAAUUUAAAAUUAUUGUAAUAGAUUUUAGUGUGAUUUAGUAAAAUCAUACCAAUAUAUUUUUAAUAAAUAAUUUUAAUACGUAAGGACUACUAGCCAGAAUAGCAUUUUUAUAUAUAAAUAUUUUAUAGAGUAAUUUGUAGUGCAUUAAUAUAAAUUAAGUAAUUUGUCUACAAGGUAAUGUAAAAUAAAAUAUAGUGUUCAUUAUUUUUAAUUUUUACAUUUAUGUUAAAUAUUAACAAUAAUAAUAUAACGUUGUACUUAACACUUAUAUUUUUAGGUCGUCACAACAUUUUAGGUUAAUUUACAAUGAUAAGGCUGUGUUUUGUACAUAAUUGUAAAUAUUUCUUAUUUUAAACAUUUUAAAUGAUAGUAAUAAAAUAUAAGAUUCGUACCUCGCUGAAGAAGCUGAACUGUAAUUAAGUGCAUGUAUAAAUAGGAAAGUAAUUAUAGUUUUAU